GACUUUGUCCAGAGCAGCAGAGUAUACAUAUUGUGCUGCAGCUCCAUAGUGUAAACCUAUCCAUCUCAAAUGGCAUUUUCCUGUUGACAAGUGUGCACAACUGGCAAGGGUCACAAUGCGUGAGGCAAGGGAGAGGUUGAAGGCCAUUUAACACACACAUAACCUCUUCAAACUGCAGCAGUUCAUUUUCAUAGCAGCCCUGAGGUCACAAGAGCAUGCUCAUGAUAGGACAGAACCAGUGGCAUCAGUCAUGCAGGUGAGACCAUCUCUCAACAGGUACAUGGAGCACCACUGUAUUAAUGCCACAGAUCUACACAUUUUUACCCUCUUCUUGAAAAUGGUGGAUGAGUAGAGGGCUGUUCUGAGGCUCCUGAAGGGCAACAACCAAAGCCCUGGAGGUGUCAUCCUAGACACUUACAGGUUGCUUCUCAGCUACAACUGCAACAUCAGCAAACUGCAGGCCCAUUUACCCACAUGAUGAAGUGAAUYGAGCUGUGACGAGGCCAGGAACUACUACGGUGGUGUGGUAAGCCUUAUCCCACUAGCACUGGAGCUACUGCAAAGGUUGGCCAGUUCCUACACCUACUGCGGCCAGCACAACACAUCUGCUGGGAAUCCUAAUGUGGAUGUGCUUGAGUCCUCAGGACAGCGAGGUGGGACGGCUGGUGUGGGAGACGUGUCUUUCAGCCUGACUGGGCACGCUACUGGUGCUCAUAACACUAGGAAGACCCAGGCUAAGAGAACAGGCAUGCAAUCAAGCCAGCCUCACCACCAGGAUUAGGCCUUUGACCAUUUCCUCUAUUUUACAUAAAUCAGCAUUGCAAUAAAGUUGGUUUCUCUUG